UUGAUCCUCCUUCCUAACUCCAGCAACUUAACAACUACUCUCUCACUCUCUCUCACUCAAUCUCUCUCGCUGUCUGUCCCUUCAUUUCACACAGCGGAAAAAGCUAUCGCUGCUAAUCAUGAGGCUCUUGUUUUGUACGCCACCCUCUCUCCGCCCCAAUUCCUAUCUCGUACGCCACCGCGUGUACACCACGACGACGAGCACCACCACCGACCUUCCUCUCUUUUCCUCCGCUUGGCUCACUCCGAAGCCGUCUCCUCCUGUACGUCUCCACCUUCUCUAUCGUGCGCCGUUCGCUCCUCCCUUACGCCCUCCCUACUCUUCUGCGUGCAUCCCACGCGCCGCCACCGGAGACUUCCUUCACGACGCCGGAGCCACCGCGGCUCUCAUUGCCGGAGCCUACGCCCUUGUCUCCACCUUCGAUCUCCUCACCCAGCGAAACCUCAUUCCACAGAGUUUGAGCAGAAAGCUGGUGCAUAUAUUAUCUGGGCUGCUUUUCAUGGCUUCUUGGCCAAUUUUCAGCACCUCAACAAAGGCUCGCUACUUUGCUUCUCUGGUUCCUCUUGUGAAUUGCACGAGGCUUGUCAUCCAUGGUCUCUCAUUGGCUUCUGAUGAAGGACUCAUAAAAUCUGUUACUCGAGAAGGCAAACCAGAGGAGUUGCUUAGAGGUCCUCUAUAUUAUGUUCUAGUGUUGAUUUUAUGUGCUCUUGUCUUUUGGCGUGAAUCUCCGGUUGGAGUGAUCUCACUAGCAAUGAUGUGUGGUGGUGAUGGUGUUGCUGAUAUCAUGGGUAGAAGAUUCGGGUCCUCGAAACUUCCUUAUAAUCAACAGAAGAGUUGGGCGGGUAGCAUUUCCAUGUUUGUUUUUGGAUUCCUGAUUUCCAUUGGGAUGCUGUAUUACUAUUCAGUUCUUGGAUAUUUCCAAUUGGAUUGGAUUUCGACGGCUCAAAAGGUUGCUGUAGUAUCUCUGGCUGCAACUGUGGUGGAGUCCCUUCCAACCACGGAGGCAGUAGAUGACAACAUAUCUGUUCCUUUGGCAAGCAUGGCAGCGGCAUUUUUGAGUUUUGGUUUCUAGCUCAUUGCACUCUUUUUUUUUUUUUUUCCCCCCCCUUCCUUAGAUUAGUCCUGUAAUUGAUGUGUUGUCUAUUGUGGGUCUCCUUAAAUGUCCUGUAAAUCAUUGCCUCUGUGACACAUUUGUUAAUGUUGUAAUGAGUCAAACAAUUAAGAUGCUUUCUCUUUUUUAUUGAACCAAAUGAACAUAGUUUAUUACUUUA